AAAUCGAAACUCACGUUGCAUUUAGAAGAGCAGAGAUAAGCAACCAAUGGGAAAGGGCGCGUGAGCAAAGAGAGACUGCGCAUGCGGCAUCGGUAGAAGAGGGAGAGCCACACGGCACACGCUCGUGCUCACGACUCAGUCAGAGGGCGGAUGAGAACAGAAGCUGAACACUGCUUAAAAAUGUCAAGGUUUGCUAUUUUGGUGUGGCUCUUGGCUGUGUCAUGCAUGGACAGCAGAGCAACAGAGCCAAACCAGAUUCUGAAUGUUUCUGUCGGACAGAGUGUGAUCUUGCCAUGCCCUUGCUCUGAAGAUACUAAUAAGCUCGUAUGGCAGAUUGGUGAGGAGAUAGUUGUGAACCAUUGUUGUACGGAUGACGAUCCACUACAUAAAUCCUAUGUGUACAGGACCCAACUCUUCCUGUUGAAUACCAAAGGAAAUUGCUCACUAUUCCUCCGUAAUGCCUCCAGGAAUGAUGAGAAGAUAUUUACAUGUUAUGUUUUUGAAGGGAAAGAUACUCUACAGCACAGCUAUGAAGUUGAAUUGAAUGUGAUGGAUGCUGAUUUGACACCUAAGCCCGCAAUAAUUUAUUCUGGCCCGUCUACUUCAGAACCUCACACAGGCUUUAAAGUUGGUGUUCCCUUGUCAGUGAUCCUGGUAAUCCUGACCGUACUGAUCGUGGCACUCCUUAUCCGAAGGCAGAGAAGACCAAGAAUGGUGGUGAUCCAAGAUCCACAAGCAAAACUGUUGGACCACACUCCUGUGUGAGCAGUAACAUGAUGCAUUUUGGAUGAGGCAAUAAUUGACAUCACUUUACUUUUGUUGAACACUGUAAUAUUUUCCUUAGGGCUUUUCACACUUAACAGUUAACCCAGGGUCAUUCUAAUCACCGGGUAAAUAUAAAUGCUCUCAUUUGUUUUGUUUUUUUUAAUGCUUCAUAUUGCUCAUACUUUAAAGGGUUAAAAAUUAAUCCUGCAUAUUCAUACUCUGACAUUUCACAAUUUAUAUGCCUAAACUCUGGUUAAACAUUUAUCACUUGCUUAUUUUCACUGUUACUAACCAUGAUUGGAAAAAAUAUAGCAUGCCACCAGUUUCAAUAACAUGUUUAUAAGCGUCUGGUUUGGCAUCUCAAUGCUUCAGAGCAGGGUUUCAAAAAAAGUGCUGCUAGACCCCUCUUCAAAAUUACAAGCGUGACACAUUCUUGUACCUGAGGUUAACAGAAUCGUUUAGAAUGAUGAUAACCUGGGACUAAGCACGGUGUGAAAAGCGCUCUUGUUGUGUAUACAUGUGUGUUUAUUUCAACAGUUUUACAUUUACUCUUACAUGCAUUUAAGUGGCAGAUAUCUACAUCCAAAGUUACUUAACAAUGAGUCAGAAUCCAAAUUAAAACAAAGCUGGUAGGCUCCUGAGUGGUGCAAAAGGAAAGAGUUCUCCCAUCUGUCCAGGGUUUGUGCAUUCAGAUUGUGAUGAUGCAGGUAUGUGGAAGAGGGCAGGGAACUCUAUCCUCAUGUGGCUUAGAGGUAGCACAUGCUAGCUUUCAUCAUCUUUUGUUGGUAGCUGUAAUAUUAACAGGAAAUGCCAUCUAGUGGAUGGGAAUUGGCUAUGGAAUUUACUAAUCAGUAUUCAAUUGGGUUUAACAUAUUUUCUAGACCAGUACCAUAUUAUAUCCUAUGAACAGCGUUGUGAAUAGCAUGCUAAGCUCUGCGAUCUUUCUCCAAAUCUGCACCUGACAUGGUGACAUUCAUAAAACUGUAAAGUUACUACUCGUAUGUUUUCUCUGAUAGGAACAAGAUUAUCACUGUGACGUGAAGACUAAUGUUAAUCCAAUGUUUUCCCUUUGGAGAUAAAAGAAUGUCUGAAGCCUAGAAAAAGAUGAAAAGACUAUAAACUAUGAGCAUAUACCAGGUAACAGAUCACAUUGAGUUUCCCCAAAAGGUGCAGUAGGUGCAUGUUGAAGGCACUUGCACUGUGUGCAACAUGUUGUCUGAUGGGGCACAUUUCUAUCCCUCUUGCAAAAAAUUCACAGCAGAAGCUUGCUGAGAAUCUUUUGAUUACUUUGGAAUGAGCAUUGGGAUCAGCCCAAUCAGUACACGUGAUUUUUCACUUGUUGUUUUCGUAUGAAAGUCUUCACAGCACUUAUUGUUGAUAUAUUUCCCCCACUAUUAAGUGCUUUGAAAUCUAAGGAAGCUUGACUUUUUUUUGGCAGAAAGCCCAGAACUGGAAAGUCACAUAUCAUUGUUAACAACAGAAAUGAUAAGGUUUAAGGUGAGAAAGGAAACUAUUUUCCAGUACUUAAUGUGAUAUUUAGCUUUUUAUUUUACGUCAUAAAAAUUCCCUUCACAAAAAAAAAAAGCUAGGCAAAUAAUAGACUGAUAUACGCAACUGAGAAAACAAGUUACUUGUCUAAUCAAUGCUCCACCCUGGACCUCUGUACCACCUUUUGUAUUAUGUUUUAUAGGCCUAGAUUCAAAGGUCAGUGGUUUGUUAUCUCCUGUCUGUGAACUCUAAGGGAGGUACUUAAUGUGCAGAGGAUUCGCUGGCCACAUUUUUUAGUGGAAAGUAUUGGAAGCUAUCAUUUAUUUGCAGCCUGUGUGGCGUUGAUAGAUAACUGCGUUACUGGCAUUACUUCUGUAAUUAAGUCUACACCUGGGCUUGUUUUCUUCUGGUGUGUUUUUAUUGUAAUACUCCCUAUGGGAUAUUUUUCUUUCUUGUAUUUAAUACAAACGCAGCACUAAAUUGAAUUGUGUUUUUAUGAGUGCCAAUAAACUUUACAGAACUUUUCUAUA